AUGGUCAGCUUGUACAGGACGUUGCGUGUUGCCGACGAAGAUAACGGGUUACCGGGCCAAAGUUCGCGGGUCGAACUGCACCCGAAUCCGCUGUUCGAGAUGAAUGAAUACGAUGUGAAAGGAAUAACCGAACACUUUUUUAGGAGUUUCUCCAAUCUCAUAAACAGUGGGCGUGGUGCUGAAUUUGAAGGUGCUGUUAUUGCUUUGUUCCAUUUACUCAUAACUCGCACUGAUAAAGUUCGUGCUCUUCGUGAGGCUUUCUACCGUCAGAAUCUUCCAAAUGUGACCAACUUGCUUGCCACAGUUCUGGUCUUCCUCAUAGUUAUCUAUUUCCAAGGUUUCCGUGUUGAGUUGCCCGUUAGGUCAAAGAAUGCUCGUGGGCAACAAGGUUCGUACCCUAUUAAGUUGUUUUACACCUCUAAUAUUGCCAUCAUUCUGCAGUCAGCGCUUGUCUCUAACUUGUACUUCAUCGCCCAGUUGUUCUACAGGAGAUACAGUGGAAAUUUUCUGGUCAAUCUGUUGGGUAAGUGGAAGGAAUCUGAAUAUUCUGGUCAAUCCAUCCCUGUGGGUGGUAUUGCUUGCUAUAUUACAGCACCAUCAAGCUUGGCUGAUAUGGCAGCAAAUCCUUUCCAUGCAUUGUUCUAUAUAGUUUUUAUGCUCUCCGCCUGUGCUCUUUUCUCGAAGACUUGGAUAGAAGUCUCUGGAUCGUCAGCAAGAGAUGUGGCCAAGCAGGUUAAGGUAUGAGCAUAUCUGUAACAUCUCCUUGUGUGUUAUAUCUCACUUACUAUCAACAUUUAUAUAAUAACUAGGUUAAUAUUGUCAGUAUGCUUAGUAUAAUUGUAUUGGUAGCAAUUUGUUGAGAAUAAUAAUGAUCUAGAAGUCAACCUGCAUGAUUUUGUUUAAUAAUCAGAUUAAAGAAAAAUAUUUGUAGAGGUUUGAAUAGCAGAUGUGUAGACAUUACAAGUUCAAAAUCAAUGACAGCAAAUGACACCUUAAUGCA